AUGAUUCUAAGUCACAUUUUUAUUUUCCUUCUGGGCUUUACCCAUUGUCUCUUUGUUAAAGUUUUUUGUUCUUUAUCUGAGUUCAGCUUGGAUGGCGAUUACUUGUUGGGUGGCCUUUUUCCAGUACAUGAAGUUGAACAGUCGACAAUCAUGUUCUCCCCAGAGGCCAUUGAAUGUAAAGGGCACACUUUUACAAGAUCUGGCUAUCAGAUGCUUCAAGUAAUGAGGUUUGCUGUUGAGGAGAUCAAUAACUCUACCACCCUGCUGCCCAAUGUUUCUCUGGGCUAUGAGAUUUUUGACCAUUGUUCCGACACUAAGAACUUCCCUUCAGUCUUCAAUUUAGUCUCACAGAAUGGAUCAAUAAAACCUCAAGAAAAACUCAACAGCCAUCAUCCUAAAGUGAUUGCCUUGACAGGACCAUAUGGAAGCACAAGAACUAUCACUAUUUCACCAUUGGUCACAAUGGACCUUGUACCACUGGUGAACUACGGAGCUUCCAGUUCCACACUUAGUAAUAAACUUCAGUAUCCAACUUUCAUAAGAACAAUCCCUAGCAACAAAGACUUGAUACAGAUGAUUAUUCACAUCAUACAGUGGUUUGGAUGGAACUGGGUUGCCUUUCUUGGAGGUCCAGACAAUUACAGUGAAGAUGGUCUAAGACUGUUUUACAAGUAUAUUAGCAAUACUGGCAUUUGCUUGGCCUAUCAAGAGACUCUUCAAAUACGAGGAAACUACAAUCAAACACUUAAAAAUAUCAAUAUGCUCAACAUUAAUGUCAUUGUGGUGUUCGCUGUGCCAAUAUAUGCAGAAAACAUAGUGAGAGCUGCCAUUGCAAACAACAUCCGAGACAAAGUUUGGAUUGCAAGUGAAACAUGGUCCAUGAAUCAACAGCUUCCAAGAGAGCGUGGAGUUGAGAAAAUUGGUACAGUUAUUGGCAUUACAGAGCGAUUAUUGUCAUUGCCUGGAUUUGAUGAGUUUGUUUAUAAAAUCAAAGCAACCAACAAUAAAGAUAAUAAUAGUAAUGUUGAGAGUGAAGUCCAGAAUGAGAUAUGCAAUCAAGAAUGUAAGGAAGGUGCAUUACUGACUGCAGAGGACAUUAUCAAUGAAAAUCCCACUUUCUCCUUUGCCAUCUACUCUGCUAUGUAUUCAAUGGCUAAUGCUUUACAUAAAGUUCUGCAGUGCAACCUGAACGAAUGCUACAAAAACACAACAGUUAAGCCAUACAUGAUUCUGAGAGAAAUUAAAAACUUGGAUUUUUCACUCAAUGGGCGUCAGGUGAAAUAUGAUGUUAAUGGUGAUACAACCAUCAGUUAUGCAGCUGUGCUGUGGCACACUGAAACCAAUUCUCCACGGAUUGAGAUGGUGGGCACUUAUGACACGUAUCCAGAAAUUCUUUUUGCUAUCAACAAUUCUCUCAUGCCCUGGCGUAACAAUAAACCUGUUCCUUUCUCAAACUGCUCUGUUGAGUGUAGGGAUGGAUAUUCGAGGGAACAUGAAGGAUUUCAUGCUUGCUGUUUUCGGUGUAAAAAAUGCCCACAAAACACCUAUGUGGAUUAUUCUCGUGACCCUUAUACGUGUUAUCUAUGUGCAGAGAGCGAAUGGUCUGAUGAGGGCAGCACAGCAUGUAAGAUUCGUUCUGUCGUCUAUCUUCAGUUCACAGAAAUCACCUCCAUUGUUGUCAUCUUUUUCACUUCAUGUCUGAUAACUGUGCUCAUUUUCAUCUUCUGUCUUUUCGCCUUCAACUAUAACACACCAGUGGUGAGGUCUGCUGGUGGCAACAUGUGUUUCCUAAUGUUGGCGAGUUUAACUAUGUCUAGCAUAAGUGUUUUCUUUUUCUUCGGACAACCCACAUCUGUUGACUGCAUUCUGAGAAAUUUCAUGUUUUCGUUUUUCUUCACCAUCUGUCUCUCAUGUUUGACUGUUCGUUCCUUUCAAAUUGUUUGCGUCUUCAAAAUGGCUGCCGAGUUCCCUAAAUUACACAGCCUGUGGGUAAAGCACAAUGGCCAGUGGCUCUUCAUCUUGUUUUCUUCUUUUAUUCAUUUUAUUUCUUGUGUUUUAUGGGCAACUGUCUCACCUGACCAUCCUGUCAGGGACUCAGUUACAUUUAAUGAUCAAACUAUGCUCAUUUGUGAAAGGAGAAACACGGUUACCAUCAGCAUCGUUUUGUUCAUAAGUUGGUUUCUUGGUUUUCUGUGCAUCUCGUUUUCUUACAUGGGAAGAGAUCUGCCAAAAAGUUACAAUGAGGCCAAACCAAUUACCUUCAGUCUGCUUAUGUACUAUCUGAGCUGGAUUUCAUACUUCACCAUAUAUCUCACUUUUCAAAGCAAAUACGUCCUGCUUUUGAAUGCAUUGGCCCAAAUAACCAGUAUAUAUGGAAUUCUCUUAAGCUACUUCAUACCAAAAUCUUACAUCAUGUUAUUUCAGCCCAAGAAGAACACUGCUGCAUACUUUCAAACAUCUAUUCAGAACUACACCCAAACCCUUAGUAGGAGUUAAACCACAACAAUUCUGUUUAGAUGCCGACAAUGUUCUUUUCGUUGCAGGAUAUUUUUGUAAUUUAAAUGUAGAUGCUUGACACACAAAUCAGUUAUUUUAUUCUCUUUUUGUAAACACUUUAUCUAGUAUAUUUAUUAGCGUAUCUCAAGUAAACUUCACUACCAACGUAUCACUACUAUUUAAAAUGGUGGUUUACUAUUUAUCUAAUGUUGCUUUUUGAAUAGCAUCUAUUAUGUGUGUGUUUUGACCUGUUUUGAAGUUAAUUCCUGGUGCAGUCGACUACCAAGGAUUGAGAGGUUAAAGUUACUAUAUUCCUUAAGAGCAGAGGUCUUCAAACCUGCUCCUAGAAACUCACUGUCUUGUGAAAUUUGCAAAGAGGCGCAUGACAAUUACUAAUGCCCUAUUCUACACCAUUCUAUAGUAUACAUAGUGUGAGUAGUGCGUUUACAUUCAACAAGAAGUGCAUUUAAAGUACCCACUUUACACACUCGACCUUAGAUAAAAUAAAUGCAUAGAGAACUGUAUACUAGUAUGAUUUUUAUUAAUACUGCAUUCUACAAUUUUUGCUUUUACCAUAUCACAUAAAUGUUGUACCACUGUAACUGCUUAAUUUACUCUUUGUAAUUGUUUGUUUUUGUGUAUAUCUGAAUGCUUUUAUUGCUAUAAGAAUGUAGA